UCCUUGCCGGACGGAUUGUCAUCGGACUGGGCACCGGGGUGGUUACGGUGGUGGCGCCCGUCUACACGGCGGAGAUUACCCCGGCGAGUUUACGAGGAGCCGCUGGGACCCUCCCCCCGAUUAUGUACGUCCUGGGGUUAAUCGUCACCACGGCGAUCGGGUUCCCGUCGGCGCUGGGGACGGAAGCGGGAUGGCCCUGGCUGGUCAGUAUCGUCGUCAUCCCGGUGGUGGUGUCGUGUAUCGCGCUGCCCUUUUGCCCGGAGAGUCCGCGGUACUUGUACAUCGAAAACAAUGAUGAGCACCACGCCGCGGAAGCGCUGGUGUGGUUCCGAGGCACCUCCAAGAUCCAGGACGAAAUGGAGGAGAUGCACGUAGAGAUCGACCACAUGAAGGGAUUGCGAAAAGUCUCGGUGUGGGGUCUCUUCACCGAUCCAUACCUCCGGAAGAUCAGCAUCCUGACCGCCGUCCCUAUGCUGGUGCACCAGUUCUGCGGAUUCCACUGCGUGACCUUCUAUUCCACGUCCAUCUUCGAAAGUGUCGGAUUGCGGCAGCUGUACUCGGUGUAUGCCACGAUGGGCGUCUGGUGUUGCUACUUCGCCUCGCUGUUCAUCUCCAUGUUCCUGGUGGACCGGUUGGGACGCCGGACGCUCCUAUUGAUUAGCCAGUGCGGGAUGAUCGUCGCCCUGAUUCUGUUCGUCAUCUUCGCCUGCGUCACGGAGAGCGGUGUGGAGGGAACGCAGUACGGCAGCGCGGCGUGUCUGCCCUUCUUUAUUGUAUGCUUUGCGCUGGGCUCGGCGGCUAUUCCCUGGAUCCUCCCGGGGGAGAUGUUCCCGCAGGAGGCCCACAGCUCCGCGGCCAGUUUUAUUGCGUCGGUGUCGUGGGCAUCCGCCAUCCUGACGACCUUUCUAUUCCCCAUUGUGGAGCAUGCGGCGAAACAGUAUACCUUCUUGAUUUUCGCCGGCUUGGUCAUCCUGGGAACGGUGCACGUGGCUUGGAAGCUGCCGGAAACCAAGGGGAAAACUAUCGAUGAAAUACAGACCAGUUUGCAUGGUGAACGGCUUAUUAUUGAGCAUGCGCCGCAUGAGUGAGCGGCACGCAGCGCCUGGAGGAAAAACUCGCGCUAUUAAUUAUUGAUAUUUAAUGGCUGAAACGUCCGACUUUAUUUCCGGUGUCAACGCUCCGUAAUCGUUAUGCAAUCCGCUUUUUAUUUCUUUGCUACUGUGUAGCAGCGCUUUGAAAUCAAGCCAUACAGAUAGAAAAUUAUACUGGCAAAAUAAUAAAGAAAUUUGCAAUCUGAAACACAAAUAAAAACUGAU